AUGAAUGGCGACGACAGAGCAGCGCUAGAGCGAACAGAAGGAACAGAAAGGACAGCAAUGGCGGCUGACAGAAGAGAGAGAAGUCCUUCGAGUGGCACGGGUAAGAAGGAAAACGACGGCGAGAAGGAGAGCUACAGAGAACGGGAUGAGAAGCCGAGAGGAAGAUCCCCAAUAAGGCACACAGCAGAUGUAAACAACGACGCGAUGAUGCUCCAGAUGAUGGGAUUUGGAUCAUUUGAGUCUACAAAAGGCAGGAAGGUCGAAGGCACUGAUCAUAGUGGGGUAAAGAAGAAGAAGAAGGCCAAGUUCAGGCAGUACAUGAAUAGGGAAAAGGGGUUCAAUAGGCCACUAUCACCGGACAGGAGUAAACCAAAGAGAAAACCAGACAAAGGUACAAAUGGUGGGAAACAAGCUAUGUAAACGGUUGAAUUGAUGUUGAUUAUUAUACAUUAGGGGGGCUCAUCCACGCAGUUUCGAGUUCUCCUCGUAAAGAUCUUCGUACAUGGCUCUGAGAUCCUUA